GAAAGGCAGCAGCACCGGCAGCCUGCUGGGGGCUGACCUGAUUCCCUAGAAUCCUCAGCUCUCUUCCUCUCUCCUCCGACGUCCUUCCUUCCCUUCUCUCCUUCCCCCCCUUCCCUUCCCCAGCGAAGCAGCUGCGAGGAACAAAGAACGCGGGCGCUCCGGAAAGCAGCGCGCAAGCCCCGCGCAGUGCGCGCGGCGUCUGGCUCCUCCGAGCGGGGCUCUCCCGGCUCCACGUCCCUCCGCAGCCGCCCCCGCCUCCCGCGCUCGCUCGCUCCCGCCCGCUCGCCGCCUCCCCCACCUUCGCGGCGCCGGAGGAAGGCGGCCGGGGCGCAAGAUGGCUUUAGCCGGGCUCUGCGCCCUGCUCGCCUGCUGCUGGGGGCCGGCGGCGGUGAUGGCCACGGCCGCCGGCGACGUAGACCCAUCCAAGGAGCUGGAGUGCAAGCUCAAGAGCAUCACGGUGUCGGCGCUGCCCUUCCUGCGCGAGAACGACCUGAGCAUCAUGCACAGCCCCUCGGCCUCCGAACCCAAGCUCCUCUUCUCGGUGCGCAACGACUUCCCCGGAGAGAUGGUCGUGGUGGACGACCUGGAAAACACGGAGCUGCCCUACUUCGUGCUGGAGAUCUCAGGGAACACAGAGGACAUCCCUCUGGUGCGCUGGAGACAGCAAUGGCUGGAGAACGGCACUUUGCUUUUUCACAUUCAUCACCAAGAUGGUGCUCCCAGUCUCCCUGGACAAGACCCAACAGAAGAACCCCAGCAUGAGUCAGCAGAAGAAGAGCUGAGGAUCCUUCACAUCUCCGUCAUGGGUGGCAUGAUUGCUCUGCUGCUGUCCAUCUUGUGCCUGGUGAUGAUCUUGUACACUCGCCGACGUUGGUGCAAGCGCCGCCGGGUGCCUCAGCCCCAGAAGAGUGCCAGCGCCGAGGCGGCCAAUGAGAUUCACUACAUCCCCUCUGUGCUGAUCGGCGGGCACGGACGGGAGAGUCUGCGCAAUGCCCGCGUGCAGGGCCACAACUCCAGCGGCACCCUGAGCAUCCGGGAGACCCCCAUCCUGGACGGCUAUGAGUACGACAUCACGGACCUGCGCCACCACCUGCAGAGGGAGUGUAUGAACGGAGGGGAGGACUUUGCCAGCCAGGUCACCCGCACCCUGGACUCCCUGCAGGGCUGCAACGAGAAGGCGGGGAUGGACCUCACUCCAGGAAGCGACAAUGCCAAGCUGUCGCUGAUGAACAAGUACAAGGAUAACAUCAUUGCUACCAGCCCCGUGGACUCCAACCACCAGCAAGCCACUCUGCUCUCGCACACCUCCAGCAGCCAGCGAAAGCGCAUCAACAACAAGGCGAGAGCUGGUUCUGCCUUCCUGAGCCCUGAAGGGGAUUCUGGCACUGAGACAGAAAACGACCCCCAGCUGACCUUCUACACCGACCCCUCGCGGAGCCGGAGGCGCAGCCGAGUGGGCUCUCCCAGAAGUCCUGUGAAUAAGACCACCUUGACGCUGAUUAGCAUCACCAGCUGUGUGAUCGGCCUCGUGUGCUCCUCUCACGUCAGCUGCCCCCUCAUUGUCAAAAUCACCCUGCAUGUCCCCGAACACCUGAUCGCCGAUGGGAGCCGGUUCAUCCUGUUGGAGGGGAGCCAGCUGGAUGCCAGUGACUGGCUGAACCCAGCUCAAGUGGUUCUCUUCUCUCAGCAGAACUCCAGUGGGCCCUGGGCCAUGGACCUCUGUGCCCGGCGGCUCUUGGACCCCUGUGAACACCAAUGCGACCCCGAAACUGGGGAAUGCCUCUGCUACGAAGGUUACAUGAAGGAUCCUGUACACAAGCACCUUUGCAUUCGGAAUGAAUGGGGCACAAACCAGGGGCCUUGGCCUUACACAAUAUUUCAGCGGGGCUUUGACCUGGUUUUGGGAGAACAGCCUUCUGAUAAAAUAUUCAGAUUCACCUACACCCUCGGGGAGGGCAUGUGGCUGCCCUUGAGCAAGAGCUUUGUGAUCCCGCCCGCUGAACUAGCCAUUAACCCUUCCGCGAAGUGUAAGACGGACAUGACCGUGAUGGAGGACGCUGUGGAGGUCAGAGAGGAGCUGAUGACCUCGUCCUCCUUUGACAGCCUGGAGGUUCUGCUGGAUUCCUUUGGGCCAGUGCGCGACUGCAGCAAGGAUAACGGCGGCUGCAGUAAGAACUUCCGCUGCAUCUCAGACCGCAAGCUGGACUCCACGGGCUGCGUGUGCCCGUCCGGACUGAGCCCCAUGAAGGACAACUCUGGCUGCUAUGACCGCCACAUUGGGGUGGACUGCUCAGAUGGCUUCAAUGGCGGCUGUGAGCAGCUGUGUCUCCAGCAGAUGGCGCCCUUCCCGGAUGACCCCACCUUGUACAACAUCCUCAUGUUCUGUGGGUGCAUCGAGGAUUACAAGCUCGGUGUGGAUGGUCGCUCUUGCCAACUCAUCACGGAGACCUGCCCGGAGGGAGGAGACUGUGGAGAAAGCAGGGAGGUUCCCAUGAACCAGACCCUCUUUGGGGAGAUGUUCUUUGGUUACAACAACCAUUCCAAGGAAGUGGCUGCAGGACAAGUGCUGAAAGGAACAUUCAGACAAAACAACUUUGCUCGAGGUUUAGACCAGCAACUGCCAGAUGGUCUUGUGGUGGCCACUGUCCCCCUGGAGAAUCAGUGCCUGGAGGAAAUCUCAGAGGCCACCCCUGACCCUGAGUUCCUGACUGGGAUGGUGAACUUCAGCGAGGUGUCCGGAUACCCCGUGUUGCAGCACUGGAAGGUCCGGUCUGUGAUGUACCACAUCAAACUCAACCAAGUGGCCGUCUCCCAGGCCCUCAGCAACGCGCUCCACUCCCUGGAUGGAGCCACAUCACGUGGGGAUUUUGUGGCCUUGUUGGAUCAGUUUGGCAACCAUUACAUCCAGGAAGCUAUCUACGGCUUUGAGGAGUCCUGUUCCAUCUGGUAUCCAAACAAGCAGGUGCAGCGGCGACUCUGGCUGGAGUAUGAAGACAUCAGCAAAGGCAACUCCCCGUCCGACGAGUCAGAGGAGCGGGAAAGAGACCCCAAGGUGCUGACGUUCCCAGAGUACAUCGCCAGCCUGUCAGAGUCCGGCACCAAGCGCAUGGCAGCUGGGGUCCGCAUGGAAUGCCAGAGCAAGGGACGAUGCCCCUCCUCCUGUCCCCUGUGCCACGUGACAUCCAGCCCUGACACUCCGGCUGAGCCAGUCCUGCUGGAAGUCACCAGAGCAGCCCCCAUCUACGAACUGGUGACCAACAACCAGACCCAGAGGCUCUUGCAGGAGGCCAUCAUGAGCUCACUGUGGUGCUCGGGGACUGGAGAUGUCAUCGAGGACUGGUGUCGAUGCGACGCCACGGCUUUUGGAACGGAUGGACUCCCCACCUGUGCGCCUCUCCCGCAGCCCGUGCUGAGACUCUCCACGGUUCAUGAGCCCAGCAGCACCCUCGUGGUCCUGGAGUGGGAACACUCAGAGCCUCCAAUCGGGGUGCAGAUUGUAGAUUACCUCAUUCGUCAAGAAAAGGUCACGGACAGGAUGGACCACUCCAAGGUGGAGACAGAAACGGUGCUGAGCUUUGUGGACGACAUCAUCUCUGGAGCAAAGUCUCCUUGUGCCAUGCCCGCUCAGGUGCCAGACAGACAGCUCACCACCAUCUCUCUGAUCAUCCGAUGCCUGGAACCGGACACCAUCUACAUGUUCACCCUGUGGGGAGUGGACAACACUGGACGGCGCUCCAGGCCCAGCGACGUCAUUGUGAAGACGCCUUGCCCCGUGGUGGAUGAUGUCAAAGCCCAGGAAAUAGCAGAUAAGAUCUACAAUCUCUUCAAUGGCUACACCAGUGGGAAGGAGCAGCAGACGGCCUAUAACACCCUCCUGGACCUGGGCUCCCCCACCCUACAUCGAGUCCUCUACCACUAUAACCUGCACUAUGAGAGUUUUGGAGAAUUCACCUGGCGGUGUGAGGACGAAUUAGGUCCCAGGAAAGCUGGCCUCAUCCUUUCCCAGCUGGGGGAUCUCAGCAGUUGGUGCAAUGGCCUCCUUCAGGAACCCAAGAUAAGCUUGCGACGUGGCUCCCUUAAGUACCUGGGCUGCCGCUACAGCGAGAUCAAGCCCUAUGGACUUGACUGGUCAGAGCUCAGCCGGGACCUCAGGAAGACAUGCGAGGAGCAGACCCUGAGUGUCCCUUACAACGACUAUGGGGACAGCAAAGACAUCUAGCACCACGAUGCCAGCUGGUGGCUGCCAAAAGGAAGCAGGAAGAGAGGAGAGGAACAUCUGGGUUGGUCUGUGGAUUUUUAAUAUUUUUUAAUGGAACAUUAAAACCUCUAAACCAGGGAGAGGCAAUAUCUAAACCAGGGAGAAACUGAUCCUUGCUCCCUGUAGAACUUCUUUGGUAUGAUGUUUUCCAUCUGCAUGAUCAGUAGACCUGCGAACCAGCGGCCUCAUGCAGUGUCAUUCCUCUUUCGGGGAUUACUUUGGGGCUUGUUUUGUAGUUAAUUUGUUUCAUUUAUUUUUUAUUCCCAAAAGGUUCCUCACAAUUUUCAAGAGCUCUGCCAUGCUCCCCAUGAAAGGUCUACCAGGUUAAGGCACCCUGGGCUCGCUGAAUCCCUGAGUCCAUUACAGCGGGGGACAGAAAUGAGGCCAGAAAUUCAUCCGACUGGCCCCAGGCCCCAGCCAUAAGCAUUUAUCAAGAAGCUUUUCACUCUGGGAGCCUAAGCUCAGCUCACAGAGAAAGACAACAAUGGGAAAAUCGGGAGGGUGGCCUCUGUGGAGGCCGCGUGGUUCCCCCCAGGCCUUCUUGUUGCUCCAGUCACCCCUCAUAGGUGAACUGAGCCUCCAAUACGGGUCCCAGCAGGCCUUCGGGAUUUUUAGGUCCUCACCCAUUUUAAGAUGGGAUUGGGAUGAAAUCUCCCUCUGCCAGAUCUCUGCCUCUCCUCCAAACAGUAUGAGAUCUUUAAGAAGCAACAAAUGCUCCUUGUCAAAUGUACCUUCAAAACAGUCUACCUGGGAGACUAGUUAGCAACCCAUUCUAGAGAAGAAGUAGGACUGAUUAUCUAAUAGCUCCUGUGCCUCCAGGAUGAACUUCUCCAGACCACCAGUGUGCAUCACACGCCUGCAUUCUCUUAGCGCCUGCGUCUCUCACCCUGGACAACACCUGCUCUGGGUCAGGAGGUGCUGAUACCCCCACGCCAGUGUUUCUGUGAAUGAAAGCGAUUACUGAUCACAAAAAACCUAAUGUCCGUUUCUCACUUGCUCAGUUUGCUUAAUUAUUUUGCUAGUUUUGCAGGUCCUCUCUCUGGAUGGCCAUCCACAGGAGAAUGCCACUGUCUUCUCCUCCUACCUAGCUGCCAGGCCAGCAGAGGUUCUGUAGGUGAGCCCCAACGGCAAGUAGGGGCCCAGCCCUUGAUUCCACCCCAUGACCCUAGUGUUGCUGCCAUGGCCGUAAGUGGCGGCCCAGCCUUCCUGCAAGAGCUUUGAGGGCCACGUGGCCCACCAGUGAUCUUAGCUGUCCCCACACACCUCAGAGGCCUGAACACACACCUUCAGCCACCCUGCCUUUGACCAGGGCUCCUCCUUUGGAAACACAAGAGAAAGGUCAGGAAAGAGAUAUAGAUCUACAUUGAAUUAUAUGGAUUUUUUUCCAAGUAGUAAUGACAGAUCACAUUCUGAAGGGCUCACUGUGGACCAGAUGCUGCUCUGAGGACCUCACAUGUCACUGAAUCCUCAUGACAUGCCCCCUGCCCCAGCCCCAUCACCAAGGAAGGGCUCUUCUUGUCUCCGCUGCAGUGACGGGGAGGUGGCGGCAAAGAGCGGUCGGACAGCUUGCCCCAGAUGUCUCCUGGGGCACUGCCUGGGCCACCAUAUGAAUACAGGCUGUUCCCUCUGCCACCCUCAGCCCUGGGCCAGUUUGCCCGUGGCACGCGGCCGUCCCAUCCAUCAGCUCCACACAGACCUGUCCAGACAGCUCUCCUUGCGCCCCGCCGCCCGGGGCAGAUAUGCCCAUGGUGCGCCCUUAACCUUGCAGCCGGGAGCACCCUUUGGGCUCACCAGGUCUGCGGUGGGAGCCCUCCCCUGGGGCCCAGGAGGGAGCCUGCGGGGAGACUGCUGGCUGCCCUGCUCCCCACCCCACAACUUUCCAUAAAAAGCUGGAAAGAUUUGUCUGCCAUUCUAGAAGGUACCUGCUUCAGAAACGCCUCCACUUUCGGAGCGAAGGCUAGCAGAAACCUCGGCCAUACCACCCGUGGUCAGAGCAGGGCCGCCAGUAAAAUGCCUAAAGGGACAUCCCUGACCAUCCCCAGAGAGGAUGGUGCCACAGGCCGCUGGAGCCCAGCCAGCAGACCAGGCCGAGGGAAGAGCUGUCCUUGCUGCUGCCACUGUCCUGCCCCCAUAUUCAGUCUGCCCACAAAACGGGCUCGAGGCAGCGUGGUGGGAGUCCCGGGCUGUGCUGCUGUCCUGCUCAUGGUGGAGGAGACCAGAGCCAAUGAGCUGCCGAGAGAGGACAGGGAGUGUCACCCUCCUCCGUCCCCUCCUUCUGUUUUAUUAAUAUAAAGGAGGAGCUUCUCUCCCCCAAGCCCCUCCAGCUUUUCAUCUGCUUUUUCUUUUUCUUCUCCAGGCCCACCAUUCCUCCUUUAUCCCUUCCUUCUCCAUGACCCUCUUCCCCCUGCUGUGUCCCCUCGUGUCCCCCUCGUGGCACAGGUGCUUGCACAUACUACACACUACACACACACACUGUAUAUAUACAUUACACAUACCUGCAUUAUACACAAAACACACACAGAGUGUACACAUGUACGGCACACACACAUUAUAUACACACUGCACACAACACACAUUACACACACAGCACACAUACAUUAUACACACUGUAUACACAUACAACACACACUAUACACCUACAUUACAUAACACCCAUACCUUAUACACACACAUUACAUGCACUAUAUAUACACACGCUACACACACAACACACACAUUGUGCACGUACAUUACUCUCACAUAUACACAUACGUUAUACACACGGCACACCCACAUUAUACACCCACAUGACACACACUAUACUCACUAUACAUGCAUACAUUAUACACACUUCACGUACACUAUCACACACUAUAUGUACACACAUUACACAUACAUGCACUAUCCCCAUAUAUUACACACCCACUCUACACACAGCCUCUAUGGCUGGGUCCCAUCAACUCUCAGGUGAAAAAUAAGUCCCAUAUGGAAGGAGCAGGAGACAGUUUUUUAAGUUCCCCCGAGGAUUUAACGACAGGAUUUGGCCCGGGGAAGACACCAUCAAUCCCACCCCGAUGACAUUUCCCAAAGCUUGCCUGGAGGGACCCAUCCUGACCUAAAAGGGUGACAGUACUGGACCAGUAUUAAACCUCAAAUUUCUAAGCUGCCAAACAGGUCUUAGGGAGUCACUUAUACUUACCACAAACCCCCCAGAUCUGGGCUCCCCACGAGACCAUGGUGUUUCCUCUUAAAUGUAUGUGACCCCUGGAAUAGCAUUAGACCUUUAACUGAGUGUGUGAUCAUUUUCCACAGAGUUUGGUCCGUUUGUUAUUUUCAGUUAAGCACACUUCUUGAUAUUCACAUGUUCUAUUAAAAAACUGAGUGUGAAAAAAAAAACCCACUUUACUACUAUAGAAGGAAGAACAGAUAAAAUGUGACCAACUUCAGGUGUAACAGUAUUGUUUCAAAGAGAAUUAUUGUACGAUUAUAAAAACAUGGAAUAAUCAACUAAAUAAUAAACAAAGCUGUUAGUAAGUGC